GACACGCGUGUAGUCGACAACUAGUUUAACGUAUUUGAUUCUACGUAUAUAUUGUAGGAUUGUUCGCUAACUUAGCCAUUUGCUUAGUGCCGGUUCGUCCUUAAGUUUGGAUGUAAGUUUAAGUGAUGGGUGUGUUGUGGUUCUUGUUAAUUGUUACCGUGGUAACGGGAAAUGCAUUAAAAUUAACUGACGAGCAAUACCAUCAGCUGCCGCAGCUAUUCCAGCUGGAUGACUACGAGGCGUGCCUGUCCCAGCGACGCGGCGCCUUCUGCCUCGCCACCUUCGACCUACUACCAUCCGCUAACAAACAACUAUUUAACAUCAUUCAACAAUUCUCCGAAGAUCGUACCAACUUUAAUCAUACAAGAAUCCAUCGCGGAUAUUGUGUCAGCUCCAGAUGUUCGCACAUCGACGAAGUUUCCCUCAACAGGAGAUUCGUGAAAUGUGUCAGCGAUAUAACAAAGAACACAUACGGUUUGGACACAAAACUGGCAACAUUGAAUUAUUGCAAGACAGCAAAAACUCCACCAACAAAACCAAUAGAUGAAUUAGAUGUAUCAUUUGCGUAUAUAACCGGAUUCAUAUUACUUAUGAAUGUUAUCGGAACGAUAUACCAUUUAACAAGAAACCCAGACCACAAACCUAAUCGUUAUUUAAUGACUUUUUCCUUUGUGGAAAAUUGGAGGCGGCUGACAGACUCUUAUCAGACUGGAGAUGCCAGACUCACCGCCCUACAGCCUAUUCAUGGCAUGAAAACGAUCACUUUGCUCUGUGUCAUGUUGGCACACUCCGUGAUCACUUAUCAUGCCGCAUACGUUAUGAACCCACGCUUCAUUGAAAAUGGUAACCGUCACCCGAUGUCUAUCUUACUGCACAACGGUACCGUCAUAGUGCAGACCUUCAUUCUGCUCUCCAGUUUCCUCUACGCGUACAACAUGUUCAUUUACAUUGAGAACAAUCCUAAGAAACAACUAAACUUGCAUUUGUUCCUUAGCUCCGUGUUAAAUCGACUCUCCAGAAUCCUACCCUUAUAUAUAUUUGUCGUGGGUUUUGUGACAACAUGGUGGAGACAUGUCAGCGAUGGCCCGCUUUGGUCACCCUUCGUGGAGGCGGAGUGCGCCCGUUGCAGGGACAAAUGGUGGUCGCACUUCUUAUUCCUUAACAACUUUUAUAAGCCUGAUGACAAAUGCCUGAUACAGACAUGGUUCCUCGCGGUGGACUUCCAACUUUAUGUGUUGGCAGUGUUUCUCACCCUCGUCCUGGGCCAGUCUUUCCGCACCUCUAUCAAGGUUUUAUCCGGUCUUCUUGUUGUUUCCAUGGCAACGAACUUCGCGAUCGCGUACUACUGGGAUUUGAAGGCGGUACUUUUUGUAACGAACACUGAAUCAAUCCGUAGUCUUUACUACGGUGUGCCAUCGUUCAAGUGGAUUUACAUGGCUCCUUGGACCAGCCUGCCUUCCUCUCUGCUAGGACUUAUAGCAGCUUUCCUUCACUAUCAUUGGCAACAGAACAACUACGAUCCAAAGGAAUCACUGAUCUGCCGUAUUCUGUACCGAAGUUCGGUACCCAUUCUCUUGCUCUCUAUAGCAUCAGGCUACUUCAUCAGGGAUACGCAGUCACCUCUCGUCACGUCCAUUUACACCGCCAUCGACCGUCCACUCUUCAGUUUCAUGAUGAUUGUCGCGUUAUUAGGAUUCAUAUAUAAAAUUGAUAGUCUCUGGUGGCAGUUCCUUUCCUGGUCCGGUUGGCGACCACUGAGUCGGAUGUCUCUAUCUAUCCUACUGAUACAUUGGUGUUAUAACCUCACCCAGGUCGCGGUUAAGACCGAUCUUGCGAGAACUUCGAUAUACGAAAUAGGUGGGCAUUGGUUCGUGACAAUUUUUAUGACGUAUGUGACGUCAUUGCCGGUGUACCUGCUAGUGGAAUUGCCGCUACAGCGGUUUCUGAAGGCAAUGUUUUUUUAGAAUGAACAACAAACAAACAGCUCUAAACAAAACCAAAUAACAAUUAAUAUUGUUCUAGUGCAAUUAAUAGCCGUGUAAUUAAUUGGAGAGGAAAUUCGGGAAUUUUUGAAAUAUAUUUAUUGGGAAAAUUGAUGUACAAAUAUAUUUUGUAAAAUUUAUAGAACGUUAAGAUAAAG